UCUAAAAGUUAUGGAAUCAAAUAGUUCAACAGCGUGGAACUUUGAAGACGGUGCGCUGUAUGUUAGACGCUCUUUUUUCGAACACGGUGUCACUGUUCCGUUGGUGACUUCGACCAUGUUGAAAACAGAAGCUUUGGCCAAUGUGUUUGAAGAACUUUUCAACUUGGCAACUGUAGUAGACAAUAGACUGGUCGUUCAAUUGGAUCAAUGGAACGAUGCAUGUAAAAGACACUUGGCGUUGACAAAGUUACAGGCCCAACACAUCGUCCACACUCUUUACGUGGUUGCUCCUGAAAUCAGAAAUGAACAAGAUUGGAUUCCUUUUGUUGAACUUUUGGUGUUUGUACGUCUUCAAGCCUGUGCAAGAAGACUAGCCACUCCCGUGCGUCCCAGUACGGAUGACGUCUUUCCAAAGAACACUCCAUUGACAGGUUCUCCAUUGGCACAGGAUGAGAAUAAUCGUUCCAAUUUUGCAUAUUCCAACCGUUCCUCUUCAAUAAGACUAGAAAGAGGAACAUUUACCUUUUACAAAGAAACUAUGUUUGUUGUGAAUAACUUGGAAGUUAUUUUAGGUGAUCUCGUACGACUGUACGAAGUUUUAGAACGAGUCGAGCAACAGGUGGGCGAUGUGAUGGACACGAGAGACAAGAAAGAUAAUAAUGAGACGAUCCAAUGGUAUAUAUUAAGGCCUGAAUGUUUGAAGCACUUGAGUUUUCUGUUUCUAGCCUCUGUGGCUCAUCAACCUAUAAGUUGGAAAGACUGGAUAGGAAUAUGGAUACAGCGGCAUGGUUCUUCACCUCUUUCUAUCGAGACUUGGAGUGCGUUGUUAGGGAAUGCGUUGAAACUUACUGCACAACAGAGUGGUGGCAUUGCUCCUUCACCUGUUGAUCCAACUUUGGAGUUGUCACAACUUACUCGUUGUACUAUACUUCGUGCGGGCACAGAAGGAGAACCUUUAUCCCAUCGAGUUGUUCGGAUUCGAAACUGUCAAGAAGUAUAUAUUUACUUGCUGAAUGGAAUGGACUGUGUAUCUGUUGAAGGCUGUUCGGAUUGUAUUAUUUUUAUAGGAGCUGCUUAUUGUAUAUCUGUUACCAAUUGUGAGACAGUCAAAAUCGUAUCCACUAGCAAGUUCUUGAGGAUCACGAAUGUCGUGGAUUCGACGUUCCAUUUGUGUGUGAAUCAUCAACCAGCAUUGUUGGGAGACAAUCGGGGUAUUCGGUUGGCACCUUUUAAUGCUUUUUAUCCUUACUUAGAAGAGCAUAUGAAAAGUUGUGGUGUUUCUACUGUUUUCAAUUAUUGGAAUGAGCCUUUUGUAGUUUUGGAUUCUUCUUAUCCACCAAGUACAGUUGCCAAUAUAUUGCCUCCAGAACAACUUUGUCCGUUUGCAGUCCCAAUUCACAAUAGCGAUGGAGUGACGAAGAAAAAUCCAGUGCAGUUACCAAAAGAGUAUUUAGAUGCGGUAGAUGAAAAGGCAAAGUCGACUUGGAACGAACUGUACAACAUUAUUUUCGUGAAUGGCUCAUAUCCACUGGAAAUAUAAGACAAAUUCAUGACCUUGUGAAGUUGGCA